AUUUACCAUAAUUUCCCUAAAAACUACUGUAGAAGCCCCGAACACGGGACUCCUCUCUUGAAUGAAGUAAACGCAGAUUCUUCUCAAGAAAGAGGCAAGGAGGAGGAGGUCAAGAAAGAGGAUUUAAUUUCCCUUUCUCAAAACUUAUUUGCAACUGGCGAGGAAUGCAAAAAAGAAGAAUAUACCGAUGAACUUCUCUGCUCUGAGGUUAUAAACUUCCAAGAAGAUUCUGAUAAGGAAAACAACUUCCCGAAUCGAACGCCGAAACAGUCCUCGAGUUCUGAAAAAGCCGCCAAAAAACGCAAGAAAAACAAAUUUUUGAACCCGAUCAAAAACGGUUUUCUAACUGAAACUGCAGAGGAUUUCGUAGGCAGGGACCAAGACAAACAGGAAAUACGAGCUUUGUUUCCAUUACCAGUCGAUCCUCUGAAAGAAAGCCAUCCUGUAGAAGCUGACAUAAAAGGACCUGAGCAAGAAGAGAGAGUAGUUUCUCUAUCUAAUAAUACAUCAGAAGUAAACCAGAUUGCAGCUGCUAGUAUCGGCAAUAGGGAGUCGGAUAAGGAUAUUCCAAAGACCAAGAAUUUCGAACUCAGUACUUCAAGUGAUUCUACUAGCGAAGACGAGCAGCCAUCAACGUCGACAUCAGCUUUUUCUAGAGAAACACGAACACUAAAUUCAUACCUAAAUCCCUAUGACGGUUUAGCGGUUUGUCGAUUUGGCAGAAGUCAAUACAAAUCUAAACGCAAAGGGCCAAUAUCGAAUAGCGAUAGCACAGUCAAAAAGAAGUCACGUUUCUACUCUACUGUAUAUUCAUCUUCUAGUUCUUCGGAGGAAGAGGAACCGACAGUAAAGCAACAGCCACAAGGUUUAGGCUGUGAAUUAAAAUCUGAAAAUUCUUGCUACCCCGAAUCUGAUCACGGGGAAAAAAUCAAAGGAUAUAGGAAAAAAGGGCGUCGCGAACAAACCUACAAGAAUAAACACAAAGAAACAAAAUCAAAUAGUAGUAACUCUUCAGAUAGGAAAGACAACGAUUCACGGUAUCUACCCUCAACUUCAUAUGAAGCUUCACCUUCAUUUUCAAAUCAACAGUUUUCUUCGCCGGUAGGAUAUAAUUUGCCAUAUUAUUCACGCGACUUAUACAACUAUCCACGUCGCGAAAGGGCGGUGGAUGAAGAUUCGGAUACUACCGAGGAAUUCGUUAGGUCAGAUUAUUUCUCUUCUGACUCAUCUGCGGCUUCCUUGAGAUGCAAUUCUGAGGCCGAAGAGCAAACAAGAAAUAACAACGAAUACUAUUUAGAUAACGAGCGCCCAUAUAUAAACGGCGAAGCGAAUUCGGUUGCCAGAAAUAUACAAGAAUUUUUAUUUGGAUCGCGAAUCGAGGAAGAAGUAGAGAAAUCGGAAGAGGAACUCGAAACCACAGAGAGCGAGGAUUCUGAGGAGGAACUCGAAAAUCCGCCAGGUUUCUCGGACACCGAUACUGAUACUGACACGGACUCAGAGGAUCCUCCCGGAGCAUCUAAUUCUGACAAACAACCUGAGCAGGAACACCAAACUCCUGAAGGCGAAAACGACAGAGACUCGGCACCUGACGAAUACGGUCCAGAUUCUAAGCAGGAUCACGAAGCAAACCUUCCUUCUGAAACAGUAGAAGUAGUGAAAGCUUUUCAAUCGAAUUUGGAUCCAUCAUUAUUAUUUAUCCCAAACACCUUGGAUAAAGGAAAGUUCCUUGGAAUACUUCACAAAGAUAUCAAUAAAGUGAUCAAGUCCUCAUCUCUUCUUGAAAACGAAAAGUUUUUCGCCCUCUUGGCAAGAAUCAGGGAUGUGUGUAUUGAGUUAGAGUCCCAAAAGAGAGUUACAGAUUGGGAAAAGGAAAGGAUUAAGACCCGUAAAUUUUAUAAAUUACUUCUUACACACCCUUUAAUAUUGCCGUCAGUACGGCAAACAGGAAUCGAUAAUAUUAUUGUUCGCAACGAUAGCCACAACGUGCACGAUCUCGCAUUAUCAGUGUUUAAGGAAGUCGAGACUACCUCAAUAAAAAGUGGUUUCUCCUCCUUUACACACCAGGAAAAGAUCGUAUUUCAACACAAGCAUCAUAGAGAACAGCAGAAGAAGCUAAAAAAAGAAGUGGAAAAGCAUCUAGAAAAGUUAGUACAAGACCAUCAACUAAAGCAUCAGCAAAAGGUACUACAGCAGCAAAAGUUACUGCAUGAACUGCAUCAAAAGGAACGGCUAAAAUCUUUGCAGCAACAGCAUAAACAAGAGGAGCAGUUGCUGCAAGAACAGCAACAAUCGGAGAAACUACUCCCGGAGAAACAACGGCAAGAGCAAUUCCAAUUCCAAUUCCAGCAGCAGCAACACCAACAACAGCAACUGCACCUACUCCACCAACAAGAACAGCUACAUCGGCGACGACAGGUAGAGCGGCUCAAGCAACGGAGAAAAUUUGUGUUAGAAAAGGUGCGUCAACAGAAGGAGUUGCACCGCUUACAAAAGGAAGAGGUACAGCUCGAGUGUGAGUUGCACCAGAAUAACCAGCAAACUUACUGCGAUUUGCGACGUGUCUUGGAGAAGGAACAAGAAGACUUCUAUAGCCAGUUGCGCGUAAAGAACGAGACUGUUGUGACCAACCAAAAGAAAUUAAAGGAACAGGAACAGGAUUUAAAGCAGCAGCAGGUGCAGGAGGAACUGAAACAGCAGGAACGAGAGCUGUCAAGGCACCAGCAGGAGAAAGAAUUCAAGCACCAGCAGGAGCAGAAGUACGCGCUGAUGCAAAACGAAAUGGUCAGCAUACCGGUGGCCAACUUGAACGGCGGUCUUAAGGCGGCCAGCAGCGGAUCCGGAGUGGGUGUGGUGGCAUCCGGAGGCGUCGUUUCCUCAGCGGUGCUGGCCAACGCCCCCCGUGUAUAUUUAACGCCCUCCUCUACAUUCAUGGCUAAUCGGCAGGUUUCGGCAGGCUUGGCGACCACCGGUAAAAUUAGCGGAUCUGUGGUCGGCGGUUCAUCUGCUACUUCUACAGCCGCCGGUACCGUUCGUUACUUUUCGCAAUUCGGCAAAGUGCAAACGGCCGGCGGACCAAGUCUGCAAAGAAAACUUGCUAACGGGGACACCAUUGUUCUGGCGAACGGCAACAAGAGUCUGUUCCUCACCAGUAGCGACAAGUGUGCAGUGUCGGCCGUCGCUAUCAAUGGCAAUAGCAAUAGUUUGCACACGGCUAAAACUGAGCUUUUGGAGGAGGAGAGCAUGCAGCAAGGAACUGUGAUCAAUGACGAGGAUGAAGAAGAGGAGGAGAGCAAUCAAACUGCCAAAUCCAGUGGUGAUCAACAACCUUUGGCACUUAGCAAUGCGACCAACGAAGGCAACGCCUCUGAUGAUGAGCCCGAACUGGAUAUUGUGAUUAACAACGUGGUCUGCUCUUUUAGUGUAGGCUGCCAUUUGAAGCUUCGAGAAAUUGCUCUGCAGGGCUCGAAUGUAGAAUAUCGACGCGAGAAUGGAAUGGUAACAAUGAAGCUGCGUCAUCCCUAUACCACGGCUUCGAUCUGGUCUUCCGGAAGGAUUACCUGUACUGGUGCUACCUCAGAGGCAAUGGCUAAGGUUGCAGCUCGUCGCUAUGCUAGAUGCCUGGGCAAGCUUGGAUUUCCCACUCGUUUUCUCAAUUUUCGCAUCGUCAACGUGCUGGGCACCUGUAGCAUGCCGUGGGCCAUCAAGAUCGUCAAUUUCUCAGAGCGACAUCGCGAGAAUGCCAGCUAUGAACCAGAGCUGCACCCGGGUGUGACCUACAAAAUGCGCGACCCCGACCCAAAAGCCACACUCAAGAUCUUCUCCACCGGUAGUGUUACUGUCACGGCGGCCAGCGUCAGUCACGUAGAAUCUGCUAUCCAACACAUUUAUCCGCUGGUCUUUGAGUUCCGUAAGCAACGGUCUCUAGAGGAAAUGCAGCAUCUGCGUCAAAAGCAGCGCCAACAAUCUGGUGUUGAUCCCAACGAACUGGAGAAGCAAGUUGUUUCGGAUAACAAGGCGAAUGACCAUACGUCAGCCACCUCGGGCGUUAUAUCCAGUACCAUUGAUAGCAUGCAACGCUUAAAACAGAUGGAUAACUACCAUCAGAUGAUGAAGCUUACACAGGAGGAGCGUCGUCACAUACCCUUCCAGGGCGAAAAGGUGAACUCGGCCUCAACCUCGUCGGCUGCAGCAGCUGCCUCGACCUCCUCCACCUCAUCCUCCUCGGGGGAUAAUAUAUGUGCCAAUGCCCGUCGCCGUGCGACCGAAUGUUGGGCUACCAAAUUUCAGAACAAGCGCCCGCGUUACAAUGAUCCCGGCACCACGGGCACUAUGAAUGCCUCGUCGACCUCAACUACGUCCAAUGUUGCCUCAUCUUCAUUGGCUUCUCAGGCGACAAACCUGCGUAAUCCACUCAAGGCAGCCGCUUUGGCCAACGCACGUAUGCGUGGCGCCAAGGCGCCAACGUGUAUGGUGCUCAAACCGGGCACACGCAUUACACCCACCAGCUAUCUACACCAGCAGCAGCAACAGAAGGUGCAACAGACCAGUUUCUCGCCCAGCGAAUUCGAUGUGGAUGACUUGAUCGAGGAGGAGGAGAGCAACGAGAUGGACCUUCAGUAUUGAGCUAUCGAUGGACAUGCCUAAACAUUUAAAGCUUAAAUGGUAAAUCGAUGAAAAACCAAACAAACAAAACACGCCACACAAACAAAAGGAACUUCAGCCUACAAAGCUCCGAAAACUUUUCCCUGAAUUUGUUGGUUCCUUUGUUUAAUCCAUUUUCAUCACACAUUUGUUUGUGUUCGCCGCAUUUAAAAAACUCGAGGAAAACCAGACGCAUGAGCGAAAGCAAAAAGAAAGGAAGAAUGAAGAGCAAUCAAGACACUUAAAUCCAAAGCGAAACAAAUAUUCCCAGAAAGCAACACCAACAAAACAGCAGCAGCAACAACAAAAUAGAGAGCCAAAAAUUUAAUUUUUAAGGUUUACGUUAAAACGACUUAAAACUUAAGCGAGCACAUCUGAAACAAACUAGCAGAUAUAGCAAAUAGAUGAUUUCUAACCCCGAAGGAUCCCAGCAACCUCAAGAACAUCCAGAUGGUAAACAGAGAGCUUACCACAACGUAAAAUUAAGUUUAGACUUAAUACAGAAAACCGACAGCAAAUACGCGUUUUGAAUACGUAUGCCAGCGUUUUACGUAUAAAACCAAAAUCUGAGGAUUGCUUGGAGUGACUUUCCUUGGUUUAACUAGUUAAUUUAUGUGAGCAAGACCACCGCCUAAGCAAAUACUGUAAACCCAAAUGGAUCGCAUAAUAAUGGAUCAACACAUACGACUUAUCACUAGGAAGCAGACGAGACGACCAAAAUAGUUUGGAUCGCAUGCUUUCUUGUAACUUUUUUUUUGUUUUCGAUGUACUUCCCAGGCAAACCAAAUUCUCAAGAAAACACAAGGAAGACCAGAGAAAAAUCUAGGUUAAUAACAGAUUAAUAGAUUAACUGAUAAACACAACACAAUUUCGAUGUAUUUUCACACCAUUUUUUUUUUUGUUUUCGCUCUAAGUUUUAGAUGCUAUAAGCGCUUCGUGUGAAGCAAAACUAAUCGAAACAAAACAUUUUAAUACGAUUAUAAUUAUAAAACACAAAAACCUAUAUCUGGUCACUUCUAACCAAUUAUAACAAAACUGAAACUACA